AUGGCAGACAAAGUUCUGGAACAGCUCAAGGCACAAAACAUCUUCGACCUGCGGGGCGUCGUGGCUGUCGUCACUGGCGGCGGUUCUGGCAUUGGGAUGAUGAUUUCUUCCACCCUCGUCGCAAAUGGAGCCACUGUCUAUAUCAUCGGGCCGAAACAGCAGGAACUUGACGCUGUUUGCGCCAAGUAUAAUGAAGCGGCAGAGGGAAUCUCGAACGGGCGUAUGCACGGACUCGAGGGGGACAUCCGACUCAAGUCUGAGGCGACACGCCUCGCAUCCGAAAUAUCCACCCGCUCCCCUGAAGGGGUCACUGUUCUGUUCAACAAUGCUGGUAUCAGCAGUCCCGCACCAGGCCGGCCCACCAUAAACGCCGACGGGACACCACCCAGCGCGGCAGACUUCGUGGCGGCCUACUUCGACAGUGUCACCCAGGAGCAGUUUACUGACGUCUUCGCCACCAACGCCGUCGGCCCGUUCUGGCUCACGUUUGCGUUUCUGCCGCUCCUCGAGAAGUGGAAAUCGAGCACGAAUAAGUUUGUGCCGCAGGUGAUCAUGACAUCUUCGAUGAAUGGGUGGACAAAGGAUAGCGCUACAUGUGGGCACUCGUACCCGUAUCUCUUCUCCAAGAUGGCUAUCGGACAGGCAACGGCGACGCUAGCGAACGAGCUCCUCCCACUCGGCAUCCGCGUCAACGGAAUUGCGCCAGGUCUGUUUCUGACGGGCAUGUCUCUCGGCGCGGACACCAUCGAUGCCCUCGGCAGCUCUGGCACCCUCCGCCAGCGCGAGUUUGGGUUUUCGGUGCCGACAGAGACAGGCCAUGGGAGCGCUCGCGAUGUUGGUGCCGUUGCACUUUCGUUGGUGGUGAACUCGUUUGUGAAUGGGGAGACGAUCUUGGUCGACGGCGGGACACUCUUAAAGCAUCCCUCGUCGUGGUGA